AUGGGCCAUGUGGUUGGAUGUUCUCUUACCUGUGAGAACGGAGGGAGCUGUAAUACCGCAGGCGAUGCAUGUGAAUGUGUAGCGGGAUUUACUGGAGACUUGUGUACAGUUGGAUGUUCUCUUACCUGUGAGAACGGAGGGACCUGUAAUACCGCGGGCGAUGCAUGUGAAUGUGUAGCGGGAUUUACUGGAGACUUGUGUACAGUUGGAUGUUCUCUUACCUGUGAGAACGGAGGGAGCUGUAAUACCGCAGGCGAUGCAUGUGAAUGUGUAGCGGGAUUUACUGGAGACUUGUGUACAGUUGGAUGUUCUCUUACCUGUGAGAACGGAGGGACCUGUAAUACCGCAGGCGAUGCAUGUGAAUGUGUAGCGGGAUUUACUGGAGACUUGUGUACAGUUGGAUGUUCUCUUACCUGUGAGAACGGAGGGACCUGUAAUACCGCGGGCGAUGCAUGUGAAUGUGUAGCGGGAUUUACUGGAGACUUGUGUACAGUUGGAUGUUCUCUUACCUGUGAGAACGGAGGGAGCUGUAAUACCGCAGGCGAUGCAUGUGAAUGUGUAGCGGGAUUUACUGGAGACUUGUGUACAGUUGGAUGUUCUCUUACCUGUGAGAACGGAGGGAGCUGUAAUACCGCAGGCGAUGCCUGUGAAUGUGUAGCGGGAUUUACUGGAGACUUGUGUACAGUUGGAUGUUCUCUUACCUGUGAGAACGGAGGGAGCUGUAAUACUGCAGGCGAUGCAUGUGAAUGUGUAGCGGGAUUUACUGGAGACUUGUGUACAGUUGGAUGUUCUCUUACCUGUGAGAACGGAGGUAGCUGUAAUACCGCAGGCGAUGCCUGUGAAUGUGUAGCGGGAUUUACUGGAGACUUGUGUACAGUUGGAUGUUCUCUUACCUGUGAGAACGGAGGGAGCUGUAAUACCGCAGGCGAUGCAUGUGAAUGUGUAGCGGGAUUUACUGGAGACUUGUGUACAGUUGGAUGUUCUCUUACCUGUGAGAACGGAGGGAGCUGUAAUACCGCAGGCGAUGCCUGUGAAUGUGUAGCGGGAUUUACUGGAGACUUGUGUACAGUUGGAUGUUCUCUUACCUGUGAGAACGGAGGUAGCUGUAAUACCGCAGGCGAUGCCUGUGAAUGUGUAGCGGGAUUUACUGGAGACUUGUGUACAGUUGGAUGUUCUCUUACCUGUGAGAACGGAGGGAGCUGUAAUACCGCAGGCGAUGCCUGUGAAUGUGUAGCGGGAUUUACUGGAGACUUGUGUACAGUUGGAUGUUCUCUUACCUGUGAGAACGGAGGUAGCUGUAAUACCGCAGGCGAUGCCUGUGAAUGUGUAGCGGGAUUUACUGGAGACUUGUGUACAGUUGGAUGUUCUCUUACCUGUGAGAACGGAGGGAGCUGUAAUACCGCAGGCGAUGCAUGUGAAUGUGUAGCGGGAUUUACUGGAGACUUGUGUACAGUUGGAUGUUCUCUUACCUGUGAGAACGGAGGGAGCUGUAAUACCGCAGGCGAUGCCUGUGAAUGUGUAGCGGGAUUUACUGGAGACUUGUGUACAGUUGGAUGUUCUCUUACCUGUGAGAACGGAGGGAGCUGUAAUACCGCAGGCGAUGCCUGUGAAUGUGUAGCGGGAUUUACUGGAGACUUGUGUACAGUUGGAUGUUCUCUUACCUGUGAGAACGGAGGUAGCUGUAAUACCGCAGGCGAUGCCUGUGAAUGUGUAGCGGGAUUUACUGGAGACUUGUGUACAGUUGGAUGUUCUCUUACCUGUGAGAACGGAGGGAGCUGUAAUACCGCAGGCGAUGCAUGUGAAUGUGUAGCGGGAUUUACUGGAGACUUGUGUACAGUUGGAUGUUCUCUUACCUGUGAGAACGGAGGGAGCUGUAAUACCGCAGGCGAUGCAUGUGAAUGUGUAGCGGGAUUUACUGGAGACUUGUGUACAGUUGGAUGUUCUCUUACCUGUGAGAACGGAGGGAGCUGUAAUACCGCAGGCGAUGCAUGUGAAUGUGUAGCGGGAUUUACUGGAGACUUGUGUACAGUUGGAUGUUCUCUUACCUGUGAGAACGGAGGGACCUGUAAUACCGCGGGCGAUGCCUGUGAAUGUGUAGCGGGAUUUACUGGAGACUUGUGUACAGUUGGAUGUUCUCUUACCUGUGAGAACGGAGGGAGCUGUAAUACCGCAGGCGAUGCAUGUGAAUGUGUAGCGGGAUUUACUGGAGACUUGUGUACAGUUGGAUGUUCUCUUACCUGUGAGAACGGAGGGAGCUGUAAUACCGCAGGCGAUGCAUGUGAAUGUGUAGCGGGAUUUACUGGAGACUUGUGUACAGUUGGAUGUUCUCUUACCUGUGAGAACGGAGGGACCUGUAAUACCGCGGGCGAUGCCUGUGAAUGUGUAGCGGGAUUUACUGGAGACUUGUGUACAGUUGGAUGUUCUCUUACCUGUGAGAACGGAGGGACCUGUAAUACCGCGGGCGAUGCCUGUGAAUGUGUAGCGGGAUUUACUGGAGACUUGUGUACAGUUGGAUGUUCUCUUACCUGUGAGAACGGAGGGAGCUGUAAUACCGCAGGCGAUGCAUGUGAAUGUGUAGCGGGAUUUACUGGAGACUUGUGUACAGUUGGAUGUUCUCUUACCUGUGAGAACGGAGGGAGCUGUAAUACCGCAGGCGAUGCAUGUGAAUGUGUAGCGGGAUUUACUGGAGACUUGUGUACAGUUGGAUGUUCUCUUACCUGUGAGAACGGAGGGAGCUGUAAUACCGCAGGCGAUGCAUGUGAAUGUGUAGCGGGAUUUACUGGAGACUUGUGUACAGUUGGAUGUUCUCUUACCUGUGAGAACGGAGGGAGCUGUAAUACCGCAGGCGAUGCAUGUGAAUGUGUAGCGGGAUUUACUGGAGACUUGUGUACAGUUGGAUGUUCUCUUACCUGUGAGAACGGAGGGACCUGUAAUACCGCGGGCGAUGCCUGUGAAUGUGUAGCGGGAUUUACUGGAGACUUGUGUUCAGUUGGAUGUUCUCUUACCUGCGAGAACGGAGGGAGCUGUAAUACCGCAGGCGAUGCAUGUGAAUGUGUAGCGGGAUUUACUGGAGACUUGUGUACAGUUGGAUGUUCUCUUACCUGUGAGAACGGAGGGAGCUGUAAUACCGCAGGCGAUGCAUGUGAAUGUGUAGCGGGAUUUACUGGAGACUUGUGUACAGUUGGAUGUUCUCUUACCUGUGAGAACGGAGGGAGCUGUAAUACCGCAGGCGAUGCAUGUGAAUGUGUAGCGGGAUUUACUGGAGACUUGUGUACAGUUGGAUGUUCUCUUACCUGUGAGAACGGAGGGAGCUGUAAUACCGCAGGCGAUGCAUGUGAAUGUGUAGCGGGAUUUACUGGAGACUUGUGUACAGUUGGAUGUUCUCUUACCUGUGAGAACGGAGGGAGCUGUAAUACCGCAGGCGAUGCAUGUGAAUGUGUAGCGGGAUUUACUGGAGACUUGUGUACAGUUGGAUGUUCUCUUACCUGUGAGAACGGAGGGAGCUGUAAUACCGCAGGCGAUGCAUGUGAAUGUGUAGCGGGAUUUACUGGAGACUUGUGUACAGUUGGAUGUUCUCUUACCUGUGAGAACGGAGGGAGCUGUAAUACCGCAGGCGAUGCAUGUGAAUGUGUAGCGGGAUUUACUGGAGACUUGUGUACAGUUGGAUGUUCUCUUACCUGUGAGAACGGAGGGAGCUGUAAUACCGCAGGCGAUGCAUGUGAAUGUGUAGCGGGAUUUACUGGAGACUUGUGUACAGUUGGAUGUUCUCUUACCUGUGAGAACGGAGGGACCUGUAAUACCGCAGGCGAUGCCUGUGAAUGUGUAGCGGGAUUUACUGGAGACUUGUGUACAGUUGGAUGUUCUCUUACCUGUGAGAACGGAGGGACCUGUAAUACCGCGGGCGAUGCCUGUGAAUGUGUAGCGGGAUUUACUGGAGACUUGUGUACAGUUGGAUGUUCUCUUACCUGUGAGAACGGAGGGACCUGUAAUACCGCGGGCGAUGCAUGUGAAUGUGUAGCGGGAUUUACUGGAGACUUGUGUACAGUUGGAUGUUCUCUAACCUGUGAGAACGGAGGGACCUGUAAUACCGCGGGCGAUGCAUGUGAAUGUGUAGCGGGAUUUACUGGAGACUUGUGUACAGUUGGAUGUUCUCUUACCUGUGAGAACGGAGGGACCUAUAAUACCGCGGGCGAUGCAUGUGAAUGUGUAGCGGGAUUUACUGGAGACUUGUGUACAGUGGGACUCCGUGUGCAGGUAAGCUAUCAAGCCAAAGCAGAUUACAUACAAACACCUGCCAAUCAUACCAGCCUCACGCUACCACCUUGUGAGCUCGAAAGUGCCUAG